GGAGGAGUAGUAACAUUUCUAGAAGAGUGAAAAAAUAGCCUAAAUUUCUUCUUUUGAGCCUGUAUGUUGCUUAAUUAUUUAUUUCUAAAUAUAUUAAGUAUCGCUAAAAACAAGGCGGGCCAUAAGUAGAGGAGAAUAAUUCACUACUAUGACACAGUUAAACAUUCUAAAGAAGAGCAGCUUGGAACGCCGCUUUCCAGUACUACAGUAGAUAUAUUAUAUGUGGCUCUCUCCUCUUUAUCAGCUGAGCGCUGUGACGUUGGGUUUGAGUCAGCAAAGCGUUCGUCCAGUCACCUUACAUGUGUUUGCGUGUGAAGAUCGUGACAAUGUCGAAACCCGGGUUUUAAUCGUUAAGGUCUCACAUAAAGAAGUGCUUAUAGUAUAAGAACAAUAUUACGCAGACAUAAGGUUUUAUAUCGCAUAACAGAAAGCUCCAUUCCAUUAAAAUACUGUGAUUAUUGCAAUCGAAAAAAUGGCGCUCACUCAGCAUACUGUCAACUGUAGUCUAGAUGAUAUCGAUUUAAAUAGUCUGAAGGAUCCUGCUGGGAUAUUUGAACUCAUUGAAGUAGUAGGGAAUGGCACGUACGGUCAGGUGUACAAGGGUCGCCACACCAAGACCGGUCAGUUAGCAGCAAUCAAAAUAAUGGACGUUACCGAGGAUGAAGAGGAAGAAAUCAAGCUUGAAAUAAAUGUUCUGAAAAAGUAUUCUCACCACAGGAAUAUUGCAACGUAUUAUGGUGCUUUUAUUCAAAAGAGUCCACCAGGAAAAGAUGACAAACUGUGGUUGGUAAUGGAAUAUUGUGGGGCAGGUUCUGUAACAGACCUUGUCAAGUCAACCAAAGGGCAGUCUUUAAAAGAAGAGUGGAUAGCCUAUGUUUGCAGAGAGAUUCUUAGGGGUCUUAGUCAUCUACAUGCAAAUAAGAUAAUUCACAGAGACAUAAAAGGUCAAAACGUUCUUCUCACAGAUAAUGCAGAAGUAAAACUAGUUGAUUUUGGAGUGAGUGCCCAACUCGACAGAACAAUCGGAAGGAGAAAUACAUUCAUUGGCACACCAUACUGGAUGGCUCCAGAAGUUAUUGCUUGUGAUGAAAAUCCUGAUGCUACUUACGACAACCGAAGUGACCUUUGGUCUUUGGGAAUAACUGCUCUAGAAAUGGCUGAAUCUCAACCACCUUUGUGUGACAUGCAUCCAAUGAGAGCGUUAUUUCUUAUUCCUCGUAAUCCUCCUCCUCGCAUGAAGUCCAAGAAAUGGUCAAAAAAAUUUCAUGGCUUUAUUGAGACAGUACUUGUGAAGGACUAUCAACAUCGGCCAUACACAGACCAGCUACUCAAACAUCCGUUCAUCAGGGACCAACCUACGGAGCGACAAGUGCGGAUCCAACUGAAAGAUCACAUUGACAGAUGCCAUAAAUACAAGAAAGGAGAGUCACAAGAAGUUUAUCGAUAUAGUGGGAGUGAAGGAGAAGAGGAAGACACCCCACCUACAGGAGAGCCCAGCUCAAUUAAUCCUGUUCAACAUGAUUCAACCUUAAGGAGAAAUUUUCAGCAACUUCAGGAAGGCCAUACACUCACUUCCAAUGACCGCCCAGGUUCCAGUAAUUUCCCUCCUCCACCUCCUCCUGUGGGACCACAAGAAAUUCCAGGAAGACCACCAGUACCACCUCAAAGACUAAUAGUUGUUCCAGACCCUCCUCCACCAAGUAAGCCACUACCACCCAUUCCAGUUGAAGAAAGACGAGAAAAGGAGAGGAAACCAGCAACACCUCCCAGAAAUCACCACCCAGCCCAGCCUCCAAGACCUCCAGAAGGACGCAACUCUGCUAUGUUUAAACCUCCACUUCGUAGACCAGAAGAUUUAGAAAUAUUAGCAGCACAACUUAAUGAAUUAGCACUUGGAAGCAGUAGUAGUAGUGGAGCAGGAGCUAGUCCUGCUGGAAUGGGCAGAGCCAAUGGAAAAGGAUCAGCCAUACCUGCUGGUAGUGAACAGGCAACCCGUGUCAAUGGAAACACUCCCGAACAAGGCCCCACAGCUAGUGUUGUGUACUCAGACUCUGAUGAAGAUGAAGAUGAUGAUGGACAAGUUCAAAAUGAUGGGACACUUCUAGCAUCAGACCCACCUAGGCCUCUACCUCCAGAUGGCUACAACAAUGAUACCUUAAAAACUUUUGUUGUCCAUGAAGAAUCAUCCAUUAUCCAGGCACCAAACAGACCCCUUCCUCCUACCCCUGAUGAUGAUGAAAGUAAUGAUGGGACAUUGUUAGUUAGGCGGAGUGAUAGAGAAAGAGACCGGCCUGGUGAGGGGUUCGGUCGUUGCUUUAUGCAGAGGUUAGAGUCGUCUCAGAGUUCUCCAGGAAACAUUGCCAAUAUUGGGGGUCGAUCUAGCGGAGUGCUUCCAGACUUGCUUCCACAAAAUAGUCAAUUUCAAUCCCAGGUGCUAGUAGGGCAACAGCGACAGCUUGACAAGAGUGUUUCUGAAGAGUAUCGACAAGCAGUGAGCAAAACUCCACCUCAGUUACAGCAUAAGCAGCGUUCCUUCCUGACAUUUGGGUUUGGAGCUGGUAGUGGAGGGCCUAAUCCAUCUCCUAGAAGAGAAUCCCAUAUCAAUGUUAAUGUGACACCCACUUCUCACGAAACUUCCACUGAUACUCCUGAGAUAAGAAAAUACAAGAAGAGGUUCACUUCUGAAAUUUUAUGUGCAGCUCUUUGGGGUGUUAAUCUUUUGAUUGGAACUGAACAUGGUCUGAUGCUGCUAGACAGGAGUGGCCAAGGAAAGGUUUACAAUCUCAUCACCAGAAGGAGGUUCCAGCAGAUGGAAGUAUCUGAAGGCCAAAACAUUCUUGUCACACUGUCUGGGAGAAAGUCACGUGUGCGUGUAUACUAUUUGUCCUGGCUGAAGAACAAGAUUUUACGAACUGAUGGGCAGUUAGAAAAAAGAAGUGGCUGGAUUAAUGUGGGUGAACUACAGGGAGCAGUUCAUUUCAGAAUAGUCAAAUAUGAAAGGAUCAAAUUCCUUGUCAUAGCUUUGCAAGACAGUAUAGAGAUCUAUGCAUGGGCACCAAAACCUUAUCACAAAUUCAUGGCCUUCAAGUCCUUCCCGGAAUUAGUACAUAAACCGCUUCUGGUGGACAUGACGAUUGAAGAAGGUGUUCGGUUGAAAGUAGUGUAUGGGUCAGCUGAAGGAUUUCAUGCAGUAGAUGUUGAUUCAGGUUCUGUGUAUGAUAUUUAUAUCCCUGCUCAGAGUCAAGGUCCUAUUACACCUCAUAUCAUUGUUACUAUGCCCAACUCCAAAGGGAUGCAGCUGCUACUGUGCUAUGAUAAUGAGGGUGUAUAUGUCAACACAUAUGGAAGAGUCAGUAAAAACAUAGUUCUUCAGUGGGGUGAAAUGCCAACAUCAGUUGCUUACAUUGGGACAGGACAGGUGAUGGGAUGGGGCAACAAAGCUAUUGAGAUUCGGAAUGUGGAAACAGGACUGCUUGAUGGAGUUUUUAUGCACAAAAAGUCUCAGAAAUUAAAAUUUCUCUGUGAGAGAAAUGACAAGGUUUUCUUUUCUUCAGCGAAAGGAGGGUCAUCAUGCCAGAUUUAUUUCAUGACCUUGAACAAGCCAGGAAUGGCUCACUGGUAGACAGCGGAACUAAGGGUGACGUAAUUAAGCAAAACAAGAACAUUAGUUUCAUCAAAGUCAACAAACAUUAUUCAAGCAGAAUACUGUCCUUGCCAUCAUUUGUUCCAGCCUGGGAUAUGUCUAAGCAACAUUAUUUUGUUACCAGCUAGAUUCGAGCUUAGUCAUUUUGUUUAAUUUUUUGUAAAUGCUCAUGAAGCGCCAAACACAUGAAGCUGAGUAUAUACGUGUGUGUGUGUGUAUGAAUGACUGCCUGCAUGCUAUGUAAAUAUUGCUGUUCAUAUCUAAGACUAUUGCUGUUUUUCUUUAAUGGUGGAACUCAUCUUGUAACCAUUGGCUAUGAAACUGAAGACUAACCUGGAACUGUGUCUACUUAUAUAAUAACUUACAAAAGAAAAAAAAAAUGCUGUGUAGUGUGCUGAAAAAUAUUCCACAAAAAAAACUGUCUUUAAUUUACUUCAGAAACUUUGUACCAUUUUUUUUAUGGUGAGCCUAGUUUGAAGAGAAAUUAAUACAAAUGUUUGACAUGUCAAUUUGUCUGUUUUGGAUUUUAUUUGUUAAACUACAUAAUACUUUUCAGUAGUUUUGAAGCCAAAUAUAGAUUACAAAUAAAAUCAUGUUAAUUAUUUUAAUAUUCUUACUGUUCCUAAUCUAAUUUUUCUUCUAGCUGAUAAACUACCAACCAAUGACAGUUAAUCUUGACUAAUCAGAACAUUUAUAUUUCAGAAUUGGUGUAACAGUCGUUUUUAAAAAAAAAAGUGUUUCUGUGAGAGUGCAGAUCUAUGUCUUCAAUGCUUUGAAAGGUAUUUAUCAUUCUAGGUUGUAGUAAUUAUUCAAAAUCGUUUUAUUUUGCAAAACAACAUUAACUGAAAUCUAAUAAUUAAAUAUUCAUAUUAACAAAACAGCCCAAUAUUCAUAGAGUUCUGUGGAAUGCAGUUCCUCAUAUUAUAGUACUGUGAUCCACAGUGCUUUUGGAAAAACAAAUUUCUUGUGAUCAUAAAAUUACAAUUAUCAUACAUAUCAGUUGAAUAUAUAGAUAAGCACUCUCAUCACAUUACUACUUUGAAAGUAUGUUGUUUUUUAAUGACUAUCACCAUUUAUUUCAAGAUUUUAUUUCUGUUCUGAAUGUUUUAAUUAAUUGUUUCCUCAGAAUUUUUUUUUUUUACUAUUUUGGAUAAGGUUUUCAAUUUUUUAUGAAACUUUUUUUUGUUCUCAUCUGUUUGUAGAAUUGAAAUGCAUAGAUGGCGCUAAUAUAAAAGUAAGCUUCCAAAACAAAAAUGUUGUAAAAUACAAGACAGGGUCAGACAUAAGCACUGUUCAUUAAACUUGGAAGGUCAAUGCUUAAUAGUGUGUUUGUUGAAUUUAAUAUGACUGUCUCAAGAUAUGUUAAUCACUCUUUUUCAAGGCUAGUUUUAGAUGACCUAAGUUUCAAGUUAACAUUCUGAAACUUACAACUGUGAUUAAUAAAAACUUUUGAAAUGAUUCACAGUAAAUGUUAAGGGUUUAAAACAUUGCAAAAUAAGAAACAUUAUGUUUACUUUAACCAACAGGUUAAAUGGUCAUUAUAGUCCCUUUUUUUUAUGAAACAUGGAAACAUCAGUAAACAUGUGAUAUUGAUCUGCGAUACUUUAAAUAUCUGAUAGUUUACACAUUCUUUGUUUGUCCUUUUCCUGAGGUAAAUUAUUAUACUUUUGUAUUUUGUGUCUUUUAUUGGUUUUUACUAAGCUGGUUUUACUCGGAGUGCUGUCACUGUUACUUAUUUCUGAAUAAAAAUGGUUUGUUUAGCAAA